AAGUCCUCUUCCUGUUACAACACCCUCAGCUCAGUCUUCUCCAUCGCCGAGUAUCUGCAGGACGUACUUCCUCCCCCUCUGUUAUCUUUCUCUUCGAGUGAAUUCUCCAGCCAAAACUCCAAAAUGAACAACAGACCUACUGUGACGGAGUUCGAGGGAUUCGACAAGGAUACUGAUGUCCAGGUCCUCAGGAAAGCCAUGAAAGGACUCGGUACUGACGAGCAAGCUAUCCUCGAUAUAUUGUGCUACAGAACCAACGACCAGAGGCAAGAACUCUCAAAGCACUACAAGGCUUCUUAUGGCAGGGACCUGAUCGAUGACCUCAAGAGCGAGCUCAAGGGAGAUUUCGAGGACAUCAUCGUCGGUAUCAUGACUCCACUCCCUCUCUUCGAUGCCACGUGUCUCAAGAAUGCGAUGUCGGGAGCUGGAACCGAUGAAAAAGUCCUUCUGGAAAUACUGUGUGCUCGCUCAAACGCACAAAUUAAUCUCAUCAAGGCAGCAUAUAAAGCAGCUGGAUAUGGCGACGAUCUUGAGGGCGACCUGGAGAGUGAGACCGGAGGUGACCUCAAACGUCUGCUGGUAGGAUUAUGCACGGGAGCUCGUGAUGAGUCAGAUGAGAUUGACCGGGAUAGGGUUGAAGCCGAUGCUCAAUCUCUCGUAGAGGCCGGUGAGGGCCAGCUCGGUACCGAUGAGUCUGAGUUCCAGAGGAUUCUUGUUGCAAAGAGCGUCCCACAUAUCAGGGCUGUUCUUCUUGCGUAUGCUGUAGCUGCUGAAAAGACUAUGAUAGAGUCUAUCAGCAGUGAGAUGUCGGGAGACCUCGAGCAAGGUUAUCUCAACAUAGUCAACUACAUCAGGAACCCACACGAGUAUUUCGCAGAGCUGCUCUACAAGGCCAUGAAAGGACUCGGUACAGACGAGGGCUGUCUCGGCAGGGUGAUUGCUACUAGGGCCGAGAUCGAUCUCGGGAGCAUCGCGGACGCGUUCCAGGAGAAGUACGGCCAAAGCCUGGUCGAGUUUAUCGAGGACGAUGUCGGCGGCGAUUUCAAGAGGGCCCUCAUCGCUCUGGCCAGUUAAAUCACGGUCAUCCGCAUCGAAAUGACCAACAAGUCUCAUCCUUUGCAACACUUAUGUCCAUAGAGCAAUUGAUGGCGAUAUAUAUAUACACUACCGUUUAGAACAUUAUUUUCAAAUUAUACCGAGAACAUCCUUCACGAUGGUGAUAAUGAACCGUCUGUUGAUGUUCAGUAUUUCGACAAGUCCCUGAUAUGUACCGGGCAAUUUAUAUCAUGAUUAUAAAGAUAAAAAGGUUUUGGGGUUGGGGUUAUAGCCUCCCCCCCCCCUAUCCACACCCCACACACCCCACACACACCUACGCUCGGCGAUUUUUCUUUUACAGGCGAAGCCAAAUCGUAGAAAUGUUUACAAGAUAGUUGGAUGUCAGCUUAGUUGUUUAAUUUCGAUUGUAGGACUAGGUGAUCAGCACCAAAAUCUAUUCCACUAUUCAUCAUGAGUAUUUUUAUGCAGGAACAAAUCACAUGAGCGUAUUUUUUCUCAUCCUUUUCCCUUCCUGUUUGUUAACCUGCUUCUCCCCCUCUCUCUCUCUCUCUUUCGCUUUCGCUUUCGCACUCUUGCUUUUUUGCUAUCUUUUUUGCUAUCUCCUUCCAGCAUCCUUUCGUAUUUAUUUGUUGUCAAGUUGUUCUUCUCAAUCAAAAUAAGGUCUUACUUGUUUGUUUUUUUUCAUUUCGGCAGAAUUGAUAUGAUAUAGUAAUUAUCAAUAUAGUUCCAAAAUAGUGCAAUGAUGAUGUAAUUUGAAUGAUUCAUGAUUUUCUUUUUCUGUGAACAGAUGAAAAUAGGCGUCUAAGUAACUUAUCAUUAUAAAUAGUAGUUCACCCUUCUUUUAUAAUUUUUGAUAGCUUUGGUAUAUGUCCAGCACAAUAUGGUAAUCACACUGUAGCAUUGCCUCAGUCUGCUAUACACUAUUUUGUACCAGACGUGGAAUCUUUACAUUGUGUUAUAUAUUAUUUCAUAAUUGAUUCGAAUCUCAUUAAUGUUGUGAUCUGUUUUAUGUUAAUGUUACCUUAAUAAAUUAGUGUCUUGUGAUUAAUUUACGUUUGAAAAAGAAAUAACAGUUAAAAUGACAAGUAAA